CAAAGCCGCUCAUCACAGAUCAUCUACAAAUUACAACGUCUGAAAGAGCCUCUUCUGCCUUUCAAACCUCCCGCCGUCACCAUGGCUUCCAUACCAGUUAUCGUCAAACAUCAGGGCAAGAAGUACAAUGUCGACCUUGACCCCACCUCCACCGGCGAGGUCUUCAAAUUCCAGCUCUUCUCCCUGACUGGUGUUGAGCCAGACCGACAAAAGAUUCUGGUGAAGGGUGGUCAGCUCAAAGAUGACACCGACCUUUCCAAAAUCGGCGCAAAGCCAGGACAAACAUUCAUGAUGAUGGGUACUCCAUCGGGUGGCAACGAACUCAAUAGACCAACGGAGGCGAUAAAGUUCCUUGAAGACAUGACCGAGGCAGAGGCUGCACAGCAGGUCGGAGCCAUACCUGCUGGAUUACAAAAUCUAGGGAACACAUGCUAUCUCAACUCCACUCUACAGGCAUUACGGGCGGUCCCAGAGCUUCAGGAACAGUUGUUUAAAUAUACAGCAGGACCAUCAUCAGGCAUCGCAUCACGCUCAGACCUCAGUAUGUUUGGCCUUGGUGCCCUGGGGGGUUCUACAGAUCUCACGGCCUCGUUGCGCGACCUAUACAAGCAAAUGUCCGAAACCCAAGAAGGAUUCCCGCCCAUCGCCUUUCUCAAUGCUCUUCGGACUGCCUUCCCACAAUUUGCCGAGAAGUCAAAAUCAGGUCCCGGUUACGCACAGCAGGAUGCAGAGGAGGCUUGGUCACAGAUCGUAGCGCAACUGCGUCAGAAGUUAAAGCUGAAGGAUACUGCUCCUGGUAGCUCUGAGGCUGCCGGCGAUGUCUCAUUCGUCGACAAAUACAUGGCUGGGCGAUUUUCUUCAAUAACUGAGUGUGAUGAGCAGGAGGCCAAGGAUCUGGGCGAGGAGCCGGUCAAGAGCGAGGAUACGUUCUUGAAGUUGGAUUGCCACAUCAGUGCUACAAUAAAUCAUUUGAGAGAUGGAAUAAUUGCUGGGCUGGAGGAGAAGAUUGAGAAGAGAUCAGAACUGCUUGGCCGAAAUGCUGUUUACACCAAGAAGUCAAAGAUCUCGCGUCUUCCGAAAUACCUGACCGUACAUUUCGUCCGAUUCUUCUGGAAGCGAGAGGCUCAGAAGAAAGCAAAGAUUAUGCGCAAGGUUACGUUCCCUCAUGAGUUGGAUGUUGUCGAGUUCUGCACAGAUGAGCUCAGGGACAUGUUGAUCCCAGUCCGAGACAAGGUGCGGGAGGUCCGCAAGGAUGAAGAAGAUAUUGAUAGGGCUCGUAAACGUCAGAAGCGUAUACAUGAUAAGGAAGUUGCGGACAAGGCAGCCGGCAUCGUCGAUUCUGUCUCUGAAUCAAAGAAGGAUGACAAGAAAGAAGAGAAGGGUGAAAAGUCCAGCGGCGGAGAUGUCGAGAUGGAAGACGUAGUGUACAAGACUGAUGCUGAAAUUGACGCCGAGAAGGCCGCUGCCAUCUUGGAGGCGAAGAAGGAGCUGCAUGCUCUGAUUAACCCUGAGCUCGCAAAGGACGAGGGCGCCAAUAUGUCAGGUCUUUACGAACUUCGAGGCGUAGUCACACACCAGGGUGCUAGCGCAGACAGCGGUCAUUAUACUGCCUACGUCAAAAAGCAGGGUCCUCUUGAUCCAAAGACUGGAAAGAGAGGUGAGGAGGAUGGGAAGUGGUGGUGGUUUAAUGAUGACAAAGUUAGUGAAGUUGAGGCGGAGAAGAUCAGUACGUUGUCUGGUGGUGGAGAAUCACACUCCGCUCUGAUUCUACUCUAUCGGGCCAUUCCCUUGCCAACUGCAGAGGGCUUGAGCGAGUAAUGAUCUUGUACGAGCGUGGUUGGGUGCAUGGGCGGGCGUUACCAAGCAUCGUGCGGUUUAGGCGGUGAAAAGUGUAGUCUUAUGGUACACCAGAUACAGCAGUAGAGAUGAGCUCCAGCCC